UCUUCACUACAGGGGAUUGAACCAGCAGGAUUUGUGUCAGCAACUUUUAGGCCAUCAUCUGUACAGUAGUAGAUAGACACACACUAUGCACUUUGACAGAAAGUACUGUGCGUUCUUGCUCUGCAUCUUGGUGAGCUCAUUCAUAUAAUCACUUUGACUGUCACAUGAGGGCGGCGCUCCCUGUAACGCCCCGGUGACGCGAUGAGGCUGGUCUUGGUCAAACCCACCAAUGAAACGGGCCUUUUGGACUCCACCGGUGCCACACGCAGCGAAAGGGCGCCGGAUCAUUGCAACGCAAAGCGGCAGUCGCAAUCCGCCGCAGGUGAGGGGGGGAUGCAGCAUCGACACCCGGGAGCUGUCCAUCAGCACCACCAUCACGCGGGCGCCCAGAGCAGCGCUGCCACCACACCGACCACCCCUCCGCCGCCCCUAAACCAUCAGAACCAAGCCGGUCCAUUCAACCAGUCCGACCUGCAAUGGGGCGGUCAGACAGCAGCACCACCACCACCAGUGAAAAAACAGUCAAGUCUCGAGGACUGUUGUUGUAAACACUCCCUAACUCGCCAGCAGAGCACCACGCACGCGGAGAGGUUCGACUCCCCCCGCAACCAGUGUCGGGAGACGGGAAAUCCGCGGCACGGCGCGUGGUGCGCUCACCAUCACUGCAGGAAACAUUCCUCGCGCGUUUGCGGAUCGCAUCCACAGGUGUCGCAGAACCCGCAGGCGAACCUGCAGCCGAGCGAGAACCCGCAGCUGCAGGUUCAGCAGCAGCGGCUGGUGAGGAGCAGCCUGCCCAGCUGCUGCGCGCGGGGAUCCGGGGAGCUUCAAAGUCAGCAGCCGUUCGCGCUGCUGCUGCACCAGCAGCAACAACAACAACAGCUGCAACAGGCGCGCGGAGCCCAUGCGGAAUGGCAACGGCGGUUCCUUGACAACGACAGUCAGAGAUCAGGCGAGCGACAGUGCCGUCACGCCCGCGCGUUCACGCCUGAUAGAUGUCAGGAAGACUCGGUUUCACCGCGGAGUAAAAGCAGCCCUAUCAGCCCGCUGUCAUCCGACAGUCGCUUGGGGCUCGAGGAGAGUAAACGCAGACACGAAGGGCACAAGGUGAAUGCGAACGCCAACAGGGUGAGCCAUGCUGGAUCGCGGCCUUCGCUGUCCCAAAGUGGCUCACAUUAUCCUCAGAUAGCCAUGAACAGCUGCAAGUACAAUGGAGGUUUAGUCAGACCACUCAGCAGUCUGGGGGCGUCCCGGAGGAACCUGGCCGAGCUGGACUCAGAAACGCAGCCUUUACAAACCCUACACACGUCUGGCCUGGAGGUGGUGGUGUCAAAAGGGAACAGAGACGACCCAAGUAAGCAGUCCACUGAGAAUCUGGUGGGACCGCGACCUUGCACCGCCCCACAUAAGAAGAACAGGGACAUCGGAUAUAAGCUCGGGCACCGGAGGGUGCUGUUCGAGAAACGCAAGCGCCUUAGUGACUACGCCCUGAUUUUUGGGAUGUUUGGGAUUGUCGUAAUGGUGACAGAGACCGAACUCUCCUGGGGAGUUUACACAAAGGAAUCCUCAUAUUCAUUUGCACUGAAAUGCCUUAUUAGCCUCUCCACUGUAAUUCUGCUCUGUCUGAUCAUAAUGUACCACGCACGAGAGAUUCAGCUCUUUAUGGUGGACAAUGGAGCAGACGACUGGCGAAUAGCCAUGACGUACGAGCGUAUCCUCUUCCUUGUGUUGGAGCUUCUGGUGUGUGCCAUCCACCCCAUUCCUGGUCAGUACGUCUUCACCUGGAACGCCCGUCUGGCCUUUACCUACAGCCCGUCUGUGGCGGUUGCAGAUGUGGAUAUUAUCCUCUCCAUCCCCAUGUUCCUGCGGCUCUACCUGAUCGGGAGGGUGAUGCUCCUGCACAGUAAGCUGUUUACGGACGCCUCGUCGCGCAGUAUUGGAGCCCUUAAUAAGAUCAACUUUAACACACGCUUUGUCAUGAAGACUUUGAUGACUAUUUGCCCAGGCACGGUCCUGCUGGUCUUCAGUAUAUCUUCAUGGAUCAUUGCUGCUUGGACUGUGCAUGUCUGUGAAAGAUACCACGAUAAAGGGCAAGUCACCAGUAACUUUUUGGGAGCCAUGUGGUUGAUAUCCAUUACCUUCCUGUCUAUUGGUUAUGGAGAUAUGGUGCCUAACACUUACUGUGGAAAGGGAGUCUGUCUUCUUACUGGAAUCAUGGGGGCCGGCUGUACUGCACUAGUGGUAGCUGUCGUAGCCAGAAAGCUAGAGCUCACCAAGGCUGAAAAGCAUGUCCACAACUUCAUGAUGGAUACUCAACUCUGCAAAAGAGUUAAAAACACGGCUGCUAAUGUACUCAGGGAAACAUGGCUAAUCUACAAACAUACUAAACUCGUGAAGAAGAUUGACCAUGCCAAGGUCCGAAAACAUCAGCGCAAGUUUCUUCAGGCCAUCCAUCAACUGCGAAGUGUAAAGAUGGAACAGAGAAAACUGAAUGACCAAGCGAACACCCUGGUCGAUCUUGCAAAGACGCAAAAUGUGAUGUACGACCUGGUAUCGGAGCUGCAGGAGCGCAGCGAGGAGCUCGAAAAACGUAUUGGUCACCUCGAAACAAAACUGGACUCCAUAAACAGCAGCCUGCAGGCUCUGCCCGGCCUGCUCUCACAAGCCAUACAGCAGCAACAGCACCACCUGCUGGACGGGCUGACUCACCGCGGAUUCACAUUAAUACGACCCUCCUCGCAGGCCUCCGAGCGCUCCUGGGCAUCGUCGGUUCACAGACGGAGAUCACCCUCUACCGCACCACACACAUCGUCUGACAGCGGCUAGCACGCUCGCGCACUCUCGAAAACCAUACUCUAAAACCUACACACACUCCUCCACACCUCUGUCAUCGACUAACACCUCUAAAUAUACUUUUAGUACUAAAACGUUAACACGAAUGACAACGCCAACACACUGAAAACGAACAUAAUGAAUUAACACAUCAUGGUAGAGAUAUGGUUUAUGUUUAGCCAUUGUAUGGCUGUCUAAUGUUAGCUUUUUUGUAAAGCCCUUGUAUAGUAAUGGACUGGAUUCAGACUGCAGAGGGUGGAAUGGAUUUAUAUAAAGAUUUAGUACAUUAAAUGGAAGUAAACCAAUAAAAAAAAGGAUUGAGAAGGAAGGAGAGACUGUCACCGUAAAGAUGUCUUAUCUUUGUUAGUGCUUGCAGGCUCUGUUGGGAAUAGCAUACUAGCAUACUACUGUUGCUGCAGUAUAUACAUGUCCCAGUAGACGAAAUUUCUACAGUAUAUGCAUGGUAUACCCGGAUGACUUCUUAUUAGGCCAAACUAAAUACUUUAUCUCGCAAUGCUCUUUACCUUUUGCUCAUUUCUUAGGCCUACCAGGCAAAAUUUGGAUUUAGUUUUAAUUUUCAAGUGUAUAAUAGACGCCACUCACUAAAUUAAACAUGCAAAAUGAUGAGCUCAUGUGAAAAUAGCAUAGUAUACAUCAUGGUAUAUAGUUUUAAGAUAUAGUAGGCAACACACAGGCUAUACUGCACAGUAUUCAGUAAGUAGUAAACUAGUAUUCAAUUCCAGACAUACUAGAAUUGUAAAAUUAAAAGUGCUAAAUGAGGGCCUUUGGAAGUUCAGUGGGUGCAUGUUGAAAACCAAAUGUUUAAGAAUUGAAAGGUCAUUGAUUAUUUCUAGAUAUUCAGUUAUAACAAAAAAAAUUUGACACAUAUUAAAUAUUUUUUAUUAUAUUAUAUUACACUCAAAAAAUCCUGGGUUAUUUUCAACCUAGCAUUGGUUUAAAAUGGGAAGAACACAACCUGUUGGAUUGUAAUCUAACCUAUGUUGGGUUGUUUUAACCCAUUAUUGGGUCAAAUGUAAGCAUUUUUGGUUUAUUUUAACCAGAUGGAUGGGUUUGUCUCUUUUCUUUUUCUUCCUUUAUUUCUUUACACCAUUCGAGCAUCUACGGCUAUAUUCAUGGCGAGAACAAGUUGAUCCAUACACAGGUUGGGGAGGGACAAUUUGGCAUCUCCAAUCUGCCUAACUUGAACUGGUUGCAUGGAGAAAAUCAAUAGUUUAAGAAUUAAAAGGUCAUUGAUCAUUACUAUACAUAUUCAAUUAUAACCAAAAAAUUAGGCACAUAUAUAUUAAAUAUUUUUGUAUUAUAUUAUUUUAUACUACAUAAAAAAUCAUGGGUUAUUUUCAACCUGGCAUUGGUUUAAAAUGGGAUAAACAAAACCUGUUGGAUUGUAAUCUAACCUUUGCUGGGUUGUUUUUACCCAUUCUUGGGCCAAAUAUAAGCAUUUUUUUGGGUAAAUUUAACCCAAUGGCUGGGUUUGCCCCUUUUUGAUCCAACGCAGGGUUGAAAACAA